AUGCGAACUAAUGUUAUUCCAGUUAAAGAUAUGAGGGAUCUGUACGUCUCCUUCCCAGUUCCAGAUCUUCAAAAAUAUUACAAGGCAAAUCAUGGUUCAUAUUUAGGCCAUUUGAUUGGACACGAAGGACCAGGUAGCCUUUUGUCAGAACUAAAAGCACGAGGAUGGGUGAAUUCUCUAGUAGGAGGCUACAAGAGUGGAGUUAAAGGAUUUGCUUUUUUUAUUGUCAGUGUGGAAUUAACAGAAGAAGGCAUUGAACACACUGAUGACAUCGUGACACUGAUCUUCCAGUACAUUAACAUGUUGAAGAAGGUAGGACCACAACAAUGGAUCUUUGAGGAGUGCAGAGAUGUUGCUGCAAUGACGUUUCGCUUUAAAGAUAGAGAGCGUCCACAGUCUCUUGUGUGUGAUGUAGCAGAGAUGUUGCAUAUGUAUCCAAUGGAAGAUGUUCUCUCAGGACCAUACUUGAUGUCAGAGUAUAGACCAGAUCUCAUUGAAGACUUACUGAAUAGGCUUAGCCCAGACAAUAUUAGGGUUUCAGUCAUUGGCAAGAAGUUUCAAGAUAUGGUGGAUGCUAAAGAAAAAUGGUAUGGGACCGAAUACAAGCUGGAGAGAAUUACAUCAGAACAGUUAAAGCAAUGGGAGAAUGCAGGUUACAACGAAAGAUUCAAGCUGCCUCCUAAAAAUGAAUUUAUACCAUCAAAUUUUGAUCUAGUUCCAAGGCAACCAGAGUUUAUGAAGCUCCCUCAAAUGAUUAAGAACACUCCAAUGUUCCGGGUUUGGUUCAAGCAGGACAAUGAAUUCCUUCUUCCUAAAGCUAAUCUUACUUUCAAGUUUAACAGUCCAGUAGCUUCUUUGGAUCCUCUUCAUGAAAACACAACGUAUUUGUUUGUGCAGCUUUUCAAGGAUGCUUUGAAUGAAUACACUUAUGCAGCUCACUUGGCAGGUCUUAUGUAUGGGCUUCUCAACACUAAGUACGGCAUGAAUCUCUAUAUUCACGGGUACAGUGAUAAACAACACAUCCUAUUGAAGAAGAUCAUGGAAAAGUUGACAGAUUUUAAGGUUGAUCCAAAACGAUUUGAGAUUCUGAAAGAAACGUAUGUUCGAGGUUUAAAAAACUUUUCUGCAGAACCAUCCUACAGACAUGCUACCUACUACACCUCAGUGCUGUUAUAUGAGAAAUCCUGGAAUAAAGAAGAACUCUUAGAAGCAUGUGAUGAUUUGACACCACAAAAAGUUGAAGAACAAAUUCGUCAUAUACUUUCUCGUGUUCAUGUUGAAGCACUCAUGUACGGAAACUUGACCAAAGAGCAUGCCUUGGAGAUGACUGAUAUAAUUGAGGACAAAAUUAAAGAAACUGUCGAUUGGCGACCCCUUCUGGCCAGUCAGUUAGUUUUGAAUCGACAGUAUGAGCUUACAGAUGGUAGUCACUUUAUAUUUGAGAAGGAGAACAACAUUCAUCGUAGUUCAUCAAUAGAAAACUACUACCAGUGUAGUUUACAAGAAACCCGCCAAAAUAUGCUACUUGAACUCCUCUGCCAGAUUUUUGUGGAACCAUGUUUUAAUAUUCUUAGGACACAAGAACAGUUAGGGUAUAUUGUUUUCAGUGGUGUAAGAAAAUCUCCUAAUGAACAAGGACUGAGAGUUCUGGUUCAGUCAGACAGAAGCCCAUCCUAUGUAGACUCUAGAGUUGAAGCAUUUCUUGCUCAUAUGGAGAGCUAUCUUAGCCAAAUGACUGAGGAAGAGUUCAAGGCCCAUAAGGAUUCUCUAGCUGCUCAUCUUUUAGAACGACCUAAGAACAUGUCCCAACAGUCUGACAGGUAUUGGGCUGAAAUUUCAUCCCAGCAGUAUAAUUUUGACAGAGAAAAUGUUGAAGUGGCUUUCAUGAGGACAUUGACCCGAGAAAACAUCUUCAACUUUUUUAAGGUUUGGUAAAAUCAAAUAUUCAUUUAUAGU